AUGGCCAGAACCAAGCAAACCGCAAGAAAGUCCACUGGUGGAAAAGCCCCAAGAAAGCAACUUGCUUCCAAGGCCGCAAGAAAGUCCGCCCCAGCUACUGGUGGUGUCAAGAAGCCACACAGAUAUAAGCCAGGUACUGUUGCCCUGAGAGAAAUCAGAAGAUUCCAAAAAUCUACUGAACUACUUAUCAGAAAACUGCCAUUCCAAAGAUUGGUCAGAGAAAUUGCACAGGAUUUCAAGACCGACUUGAGAUUCCAGUCCUCUGCUAUCGGUGCUCUGCAGGAGUCUGUUGAGGCUUACCUCGUUUCCCUCUUUGAAGACACCAACCUGUGUGCUAUUCACGCCAAGAGAGUCACUAUCCAAAAGAAGGAUAUCCAACUCGCUAGAAGACUGAGAGGUGAGAGAUCGUAA